AUGUCCAAAACUAUCAGAUUCCACGCUGGAAAAGUGGACUAUGACAGAGACACCAACAGGUGUACGCCAUUGGCACACAAGGGAGUCAUAAGCAUCAAGCCUAGUGUAGACGAACCAGAUUUCUACGAUUUUACGUGGGUGCCCAAGGCUGAUCUCACUGCUGGAGGCACUGUGGAUCGAGACGAGUUGUUGCUUAUACCGGGAGAUGUCAGUUUCAAGCAUAUCAAAUCGUGUACAUCUGGAAGAGUUUUUGCAUUGACAUUUUUGAGUUCGGGAGCAAAGUACUUGUAUUGGUUGCAAGAUGUUGGUGAUAUUGACCAGUUGGACAAGUUGACAGAAAAGGACUUGCAGAUAGUGAAGGACAUCGACGAAUUGAUAACCAUUAAGGAUGAAGAAGAGGAAGAGGAGGAGAAAGACGAGGCAAAAGAGUAA